AUGCUCAGUUAUCGCCAAGGAAAUAUGCCUCAACUUUUGCAAACGCUUGUGCCAGAAAUAUCACCUGAAACGGGUCAGCUUGGAUUGCUUGGGCUGAAUAUAAAGGGUUACGGAUGCGCAGGUGUAAAUAACAUAGCAUAUGGACUCGUUGCUCGCGAAGUGGAAUGUAUCGACUCUGGGUAUCGCUCAACAAUGGACGUGAAAUCCUCUCUAGCCAUGCACCCCAUUCACACAUUCGGCUCAGACGCUCAGAAGGAGAAGUACCUUCCACGGCUUGCAAAGGGAGGGAUAAUCCGGUGUUUCGUGUAUCUUGUAGAAACGAACCACGGAUCUGAUCGAGCCAGUGUGGAUACAACCGCUGAGGACAUUGAUGGUCGGUUUAUAAUAAAAUGUAGCAAGACGUGGAUCUCCAACACACCCAUACCGCCAAUCAAAAACAAACUCGCACUGCGCAUCUCUCUCACUAGUUCCGAAUUCGUGGAUAUCGUACGCGUACCUAAAGAUCCCUACUCGAAGGCACUUCCGGUGUCGAAUCUACCUUUUCGUGUCUCAACAAUGCGGUACAGGCUCGCUCGAUGGUUUCAUUGCACGAACACGCGAAUACGCGCUCGAAUGAACCAAUUUAAACGGCCCAUCGCUUCAUUUAAACUAGCCCAAAAGAAGCUCGUCGAAGCGUUCACAGCUUCCACAUCCGGCCUCCUCGCAGCUCUACAAGUCGGUCGUCUCAGAGAUAAAGAUAUCCUGGAUAGGAACGCAUGCAUAGGCAAAUAUCACAUAAGGAGGAACGUAGCAAACUUGCGGGUGACAAAUGCGUAUGAAGACACCGUGGGUGCACAUGCACCGAUCUUAAGGAAGGCAAUGACUGGAACUCAGACUGAAUCAGACAUAGCAAUGUGA